UAACGAGGAAGUGGCCAGCAACCGUGAGCGAGUCAGCGUGGCAGAGACUGUCGACGAAUUAUCCAAUACACCUUACAAGACCGUGAGACUGGCUGUUGAUGACCAGACCAAAUUAGAACAAUGGCAGAGGGUGAAAGCGAUUGGAUACACCACGACGCGUAAAUAUGUUGUUGGAGGGACCAUGGAGGUACAAACGUUAGUACCUUCCAUGGAAGGACAGGAGUUCAGUAACGCAGCACAUCUUGGAGACUGUAAGAUUCUAAAGGAAUGGUUGGAUAGAGGUCACAAUGUCGACACACGGUAUUAUACGUGGAAAACGACAGCAUUGAUAGAAGCUGCACAAUUCAACCACUGUUCUGCCAUCAUAUUAUUGCUAAAACACAAGGCUGGCAUAAACUACCAGGACGAGCAUGGUAAUACGGCAUUGCUGUGGGCUUGUUGGAAUAAUUCAUUAGAUGCGGGGAAACUGCUUUUAUCAAAAUCUGCAGACGUCAAUCUUCGCAAUAAGGACUCCCACAAUGCAUUGUUCAAGAUUCUUCAUCCUUCCACAUAUCUGAACCCAAUUAAGACUGCAGAAGAUAAAUAUAAAGCAUUGGAGUUUAUUAUGCUAUUGUUAAACAAUGGUGUCGAUAUGACGUCGACAGAUAAGAAUGGUUUAACACCUAUUCAAUUUGUGAAAUCUAAAAUUGGUACCGGAAGUGACAUACGAAAUCAAUAUUACAAAGAAGCCGAGUUAUUAUUGCAGAAAGUUAAAGAUGAAAGAGACAAUAUAGAUCUGCUGAAAAAACCAGGAGUUCUCAUGGAUACAGUGAAAUUGUAUAUAUUAGGUCAUGGCGGUACUGGAAAGACAACUCUCAAGAAUUCAUUGUCAGGCAAAACGGGUGUUGUGCCCACAUUGUUGAGAAAACUUGUACGGGAAUCUGGACCACCUCCCGGAACGGAAGUUCACCACAAAACGCCAGGAAUAAGCAUUAGUGACCUUAAAAUCUCUGGAAAGCGAUUCAAUUCUUGGGAUUUUGCAGGUCAAUCUGAAUUUUUUGUGUCACACAGUAUGUUCCUCAAUGACGAGGAUGCUAUAUGUAUUAUCUUGUACAACAUAGCUGACUCGACAGGAACCAGUCACAUCAUUAGACCACGUGAUCUGAUGGAAACAUCUCUUCAACAAGCCACUCAGUGGUGUCAAAUGAUGAAGGUUACAAACAAAUCAUGUCUACCCGAUGACUUGGAAAGUAGACUUACUGUUAUCUUGGUUGCCAGUAAAGCAGACUGGGCCAAACUGGAGCAUUGUGAAGAAGAAGCACGCGAAGUAGCAGAGUAUAUUAAACAGAAACUUUUUGAGCGAUUCGGCAAAUGUUUGGACAUUGAGGACGUAAUAUUAAUUCUUGACUGCCAUGACACAAAUAGUGCUGGGAUGAAACAAUUGCGAAAGAUCCUGACAACGAAGAGAAAGGAGAAAAUUAAGAAACUAAUGUACAUGCCAAACAUCUGCGCUGAGAUUCUGAAGAUGCUCAACACAUGGUUUGAGCAAAGGAAAAUGUUCCCUGUUAUGUAUUGGAAUGAAUAUAUAGAGUGCAUUAAGAAAGAGAUCAGCUCAGACCUGGAAGAUGAUUUCCUGAUCAAAGCUACAGGAUUCCUACACCGUAUCGGUAUGGUACUUUACAUAAAAUCUAGAAUCUCCCCUGAAAGUCAAGAUAUUGUUAUACUGGCCCCGAAGUGGCUAUGUAGUGAAAUACUUGGACCAAUCUUUGCAUCAAAGGACUUUUCUCAAUUUGCACACAAAUUAGAGAGAAAACAGAUUUACACGAAAGAAGAUAUUCAGCGAGUCCUGGACGGAAAUGUUGUCGUUGACAUAGUUUUACUCAUAAAUCUCCUACGUGAGUUUGAAAUUCUGUUUCCACUCAAGGAUGGCGACUACGGUGUUGGUCAUCAAGAUGAGUUCAUAAUUCCGUGUCGCCUGCCUUCCGUUAUGCCUAAAGAUCAAUGGCUGUUAAAAACCAAUAUGCAUAUAUACGUCGGUAGACGUGUCGAAUGCCGAAGUAUUGCUGAUAUUUUUUCAGAUAACUUUUUCCCUCAACUUCAAACACGUCUUCAUGUUAAAUUCACUGCCUUGGGACGCCCUCCAAGUGGUAUAUGGAAGGAUGGUAUAAAGGUAUGUAAAGGCGUGGAAGGACUGGUACAACUAACCUCCAAUGGCCGUGCUGUGAACGUAGUGGUGAGGUGUGAAAGAAAAGAGGAAAUAGGAGAUUGUUUCGAGGUUAUGGAAAUCGUAAGCUACGAAAUACAGCAAGUGUUACACUCAGCAUGCCCCGGUACCGAGGUAGAUCGAUAUGUCUUAAGUGCAGAAUCUUUGAGGAGCAAUGAGAAACUAGAAGAUGUAUGCUACUAUACAUUAGAUGAAAUCCGCGAAGCCGAAGAAAAGAAAACAAACGUGUAUCAUAAAAAGGCUGGUAAAGAAGAAAAGGUUACAGACCUGAUAGUUCCAGGAUUUGACAAAACCUUCCUAAACGAGAAAGGUCAUAAAUGUGACGUUAAAUGGAUGCCAUAUGAAACGAGACAAGAGGUUAUAAAACAUCUCGAGCCUGAAGACCCCAUGUGGCAGGAUCACAGAAUAAUGGCACAGUAUAUGGGAAUUGGACAUGAAGAUAGAAAGCUGUUUGCAGCACAAGCCAAGACACGCGGACAAUACGUUACCGAGCUGUUCCUGGCUGAAUGGUCGGCAAGGUGGGAAGCAAAAGUGAGACAAGACGGUGAUAAAGCAGUAAAGUAUGAAGAAAAGAAAGGUUUUGGAUCCAUCUAUUAUGAAAGUAAUAUUGAAAACCUGCUGAAAAUAAACAACAAAUACCUGCAUCAUCAUGCUGUCACGGUUGUGUUGGAGAAUGCAUUCAAGAAAUUAGAAUAA